CGGGGCGUGACAGGAGCGGAGCGCCUGGGGGUGCGCGGAGAGGACGGGCCCCGGGGCGGCGGCGGGACGGCGCGCGCGCCCCGCAGACCCGGGCCCGUGGUCACCGCGGGAGGGCGGCCCUCCUCCCCCCCGCAGCGCGGGGCGAGCGCAGGAGCGGACGCUGGGCAUGAACCUGGACGGCGGCGGCCGGGGCGGCGAGUUCGGCAUGAGCUCCGUGAGCUGCGGCAACGGGAAGCUCCGCCAGUGGCUGAUCGACCAGAUCGACAGCGGCAAGUACCCCGGGCUGGUGUGGGAGAACGAGGAGAAGAGCGUCUUCCGCAUCCCCUGGAAACACGCGGGCAAGCAGGACUACAACCGCGAGGAGGACGCCGCCCUCUUCAAGGCUUGGGCGCUAUUUAAAGGAAAGUUUCGGGAAGGCAUCGACAAGCCAGACCCCCCUACCUGGAAGACACGUUUACGAUGUGCCCUGAACAAGAGCAAUGACUUUGAGGAGCUGGUGGAGCGGAGCCAGCUGGACAUCUCGGACCCCUACAAAGUGUACAGGAUCGUUCCCGAGGGAGCCAAGAAAGGAGCGAAGCAGCUGACGAUGGAGGACCCGCAGAUGCCCAUGAGCCACCCCUACAGCAUGCCGGCCCCUUACUCCUCACUCCCGGCUCAGCAGGUUCACAACUACAUGAUUCCACCCCACGACCGAGGCUGGAGGGAGUUCGUCCCUGAUCAGCCACACCCAGAGAUCCCGUAUCAGUGUCCCGUGACCUUCGGACCCCGCAGCCACCACUGGCAAGGCCCAGCCUGUGAAAAUGGUUGCCAGGUGACAGGAACCUUUUAUGCUUGUGCCCCGCCCGAGUCCCAGGCCCCCGGGAUCCCCAUAGAGCCAAGCAUAAGGUCUGCCGAAGCCUUGGCCCUCUCAGACUGUCGGCUCCACAUCUGCCUGUACUACCGGGAAAUCCUGGUGAAGGAGCUGACCACGUCCAGCCCGGAGGGCUGCCGGAUCUCCCACGGCCACACCUAUGAUGCCAGCAGCCUUGACCAGGUCCUCUUUCCCUACCCGGAGGACAACGGCCAGAGGAAGAACAUCGAGAAGCUGCUGAGCCACCUGGAAAGGGGAGUGGUCCUCUGGAUGGCCCCCGACGGGCUUUACGCCAAGAGACUCUGCCAGAGCAGGAUCUACUGGGACGGGCCCCUGGCCCUGUGCAGCGAGCGGCCCAACAAGCUGGAGAGAGACCAGACCUGCAAGCUCUUUGACACACAGCAGUUUUUAUCAGAGCUGCAGGCAUUCGCCCACCACGGCCGGCCCCUGCCGCGGUUCCAGGUGACUCUGUGCUUCGGGGAGGAGUUUCCAGACCCCCAGAGGCAACGGAAGCUCAUCACUGCUCACGUUGAACCGCUACUAGCCAGGCAGCUGUAUUAUUUCGCUCAGCAAAACAGCGGACAUUUCCUGAGGGGCUACGACUUGCCCGAGCACGUCAGCGGCCCCGAGGAUUUCCACAGGCCCGUCCGCCACUCCUCCAUCCAGGAGUGAGGACGCCAGGCCAGAGACGUUGCUUCAUUGUAAAUACCCGACGUGGAGGAGAGCUGACUGGACCCCGACGUCGCCUCUUGAGGAGUAUGCAAACUGGGGCUUCGCUCCCACCCCGGAGGAGACACGUAGAAACUCAUCUCCGUCUAGCUGACAGAGGGAGCUUUCCUCAGAAGGAGGAAUGGCAUUGGGGUCCUCUGUCAGCCCCGGUGGUAAUGUGAAAACUCGCAACAGUGUGUUUCAAUUGACUGAAAAGGCUUCUCCACUUUGAUGUGGACUCUUUCUUGAGUGAAGACUGAGAAACCUGCGCCUCAGUUCUGACCACUAUGGAGGCCAGGAAGAUGCCCACGUGCCCCUCUUCCGCUCAGGGAGGGAGACAUGUACCAGCACCUGUGGACGGCUGCUCCGCGGGAAACGCCUGCUGAUAGAGCGACGCAGACCCAGCCCUGGGGGCUCCCCCUGCAGGGUGGCACCCCCAGCCCCAUCCACCUCGCCGUCUCUUGAGCCAAAAGCAUUAGGGCUGCCCUGAGUAGAGCAUUUAGUCCACUGAUGACAAGAUAUGAUUGUCUUUUUGUCUCUCAUCCUAUAGAAAUGACUGCUAAAACUUUUUCUUAAAGACAACAACAAAAAGAGAGACACGUCAACAAUUCAAGUACUAAAGAUGUAUUUUUGAGUCAACAUUUCCCCUCUUGUCCUGCUUGUUUGUUAGGCGACCAGUUACCACGGCAACACUAAGAGGAGGAGCCCCUGCUUGUCCCGGUGGUGAGCCCUGAAGGGAAGGGAGGACAGGCUUCUGAGAUUGAGUAAUUGCAGGCUCAGGGAGCUGUUUUUGCUUAUUUUGUAUAUUAUACGCUUCCUCAUGCCAGUGACGGUUUGACAGGGCCUUAAAAUGAGUGGGCUUUUCCCAAAUACCGCUUUUUAUAGAAGCACUAAGAUCUCCACUUGCUUAAGUAAACCUGAUCAUUUAUUUGUUGUCCCUUCUGGAAAAGUAGAGACAUUUAGACUGAUGUAGCUGCUGAAUUUUUGUUGUACUAGAAAAUAACUGCAAUUACUUUUAGGCUCAGCACAGGACUUGAAGUUCUCUUAUUCUAGUCUAUAUUUUUAACUCAUUCAACAAACUUGCAUUAGACAGAUGGUAGCUUUUAUCCAACGGCAAUGAGAACUGAGAAUAUCAUUUCUUCCUUCCUUCCUUCCUUCCGUCUUUCUUUCUUUCUUGAAGACGUUUUUAGGGAUAUAAUAAUACACAUUAACUACAGAAAGGGUAAACAGUAUUAAAGGGCAAAAACUAAAGCAAAUCUUCCUUUUUUCCAGCCCAAAUCCUCCUACCUAGAGAUGUCCACAAGAAAAGUUUGAUUCUUCAAGCACAUUUUACCUUUCAAUAAGUAUACGUAAUCUUGAGAAAACUCAGGGGUCCUGUGUGCACUGCCUUGUACGCAGUGCUCUGUUCACCCAGCGGUGCGAUCAGCUGUGCUGCUUGGAGGUGCAGCUGCAGGAUACACCUCGAGGUCGUCAGCACAGUCUAAGGUGUUCGUUAGCCACGCGGAAUGAGCACGUCUGGACGGUAGAUUGUACUCCGUGGGCUGCAGUGACGUAUGCAUCUUAUAGAUGCGGUAUUUGGGGUACAUUAUCCCAAGGGGGAGACGGAUGAGGAGCCGCUGGGAACAGCCGUGUGGCCCCUGCCCCAGGCAUGGACCCCAAGCCCCCUGCGCGGUUGUGCUGUCCUCCUGGCUCUCCAGGUAGACACUCAGUUUCAGUCACUGCUGUGGACCCUUUCCUUCUUCUCCCUUUUCGAACAUUAAGCUGCUUGACACUGGGGUUACAUCUUCUGGAAAAUGCGGUUGGUCUGGGCCAGGCCGCUUCCCGCCUCCACAGACACACGGCGGCCUCUGCAGUUCUGAGGGAUCCAGAGCCUGAGGUGUUAGAGGGACUGGUUGUGAAACGGUCUGGGGGAAGGGUCCUGACCGUCCUCUCAGGACCUCGCGGAGGGGCCUCCUUCCUUGACAGUGGGCUCAGCAAACCGGAGCUUAGUUUGCUCUCAGCGGAAGAUGCUCAUAGAGUUUAGGCCCUCAUGAUUCAAAGGAGCUUUCAGGUUCUCAGGAGAAGAACGUGUAGGUCACAGGGGCGUUCCUGGCUUAUUUCCUGUUCUUGAGAUUUAGUGACACCAUGGGUAGUAACCGAUGCCUUCUGGAACACUGUGGGAAGCUGUUUAAACCAAGGCUUUGGAAGCCCCUCAGUCAGCGUGCAGGGAGCCCAGCAAGACAGCUGCGUCUGAGCUGGAGAGGCGGCUCCGCUGGGGGAGAACCCGCCAUCUGCCAGCACGACAGCCCCCGGCACUGUGGCCGUCACCUGCGCUGGCUGCGAGCAGAGUGGCACCGUGGGGCGCAGGUGUGAACAGGAUUUUCUUCCCGUGUCACCGUGAGCCUUGGUGCAGGUCUGACGUGGGCUUGUGUCUGCCCGCAAGGCUGGUGAUGGGGUUGCACCCCCAGGGAAGGCUGCAGCAGCGAAGGCCUUUUUUCUUUUUGGCACGAGUCUUUUUUUUUUUUUAGUAAAAUUCCAGACCCAGUUCAGCCCCGCUCUUGCAUUUCUCUUGGUUGCGUUUCUCCGCUUUCUCCCCAUGUGAGUGCUUCUCUGGCAGUGGUGAGCUCCCUUAAGCUCUCUAUUUUUUAUCAUGUGUGUCCCUAAGUGGUGUGUGCUGAUUCACAUGUCACUGUUGGGCCGUCCUGCCACAGGCAUCGUUCUGCAACUUGCCUUUUUCAUGGCCCCGUCUCAGAGCUGGACCCGUGUCUGUGCGGGGGCCCCGUGCACCCGUGUCCACUGCUGUGGGGGAGCCGUCACAUGAGUGCAGGGAAGGUCCGUUUUCCUAGUGUCUCCUCUCACGGCUGUUAGGAAGGCACGUGUGUGGCGUAAGCCGAAGGCAGAAGAGACAGGCCAGCCUCCUCCGGGGAAACUCACGUUUUGACCUCGAUUCUUGGAGGAGACAGGGAUCUGACGGGUGGUGGGCGCGCCCCACGUCGCACUCUGCAGGUGGAGGGGACGAGGCGGCUCCCCAGACCUCACGCCGACCGGGGCUGGUCCCUCUCACCGCCCCGCCUCUGG